AUGGGUAAGAGAGACCGGCACGGGGUGAAUAUCCCUGGCGCUUUGAUGGAUCAGAUUCGCGAAAGUGGCCGAUAUGAUGAUGAUGAGCGCUUUAAACGGCAAAAGCGGAAGAUCAGCCGAAAAGAGAGACGGAAGGAGCAGAGAGAACAGAAGAAGAGAAAGCGAGGGGGAGACAAAGAGGAAAGGGCGAUUAUGGAUAGAUUGAAGAAAGUUAAGGGUGCUAGGGAUAUUGAGAAGGAAGGAAAGCAGCAGAAGAAAAAUAGCACGCUCAAAAUUGUGAAGGAAGAAGAGCUGGAAGCUGACGAUAGCGACUUGAACGAAAGUGAAGAGGUAGAGUAUGAAGAGUUCACGGGCUUUGACGAUGAAGAAGAAAUUGAAGAGGAGGAGUCAGAUAAUGAUAGUGAUGAAUCGCUUGAUGACGAACAGAAAGACGUGAUGGCCCAGUUGAUGAAGCUGAAAGGAGCUAAAAAGGGCAGCAACGUGAAAAUCGUCAAGGAGGACGAGCUGCAAGACGAGGUUGAUGAACUGGAGGGAGACACCUCCAGCGAGGAAGAAUUUCAUGAGCUGGAGGAUGAGUCGCACACGGAGUCAGAGGUAUCUGGAGAUGAAGCAACGUUUCCCAAAGUAUUUGAUAAAACAGACGACGAUCUCGAAUACUACGCAAAGAAACUUGGCAUCAAGAAAAACAGCAAACUGAAAAAGACUGACGAGCAUGACAUCAUCGGUGGGCUCCUAGACGGCCUGGAAUUCGAUGGUUCAGGAUCUGAGGAAGAGGAAGAGGAAGAGGAAGAAGACUCCACCACCGACUCUCUGGACGAAGAGGACAGAGAGCUGCUGAAAGAGAUGGGUGAAUUGGAGACCUCUGAAAGCGAUUCAGACUCAGAUGCUGGCCCUUCUGUGCGUGAAAAUCCGUACGUUGCUCCAGUCCCUGCUGGAAAAUAUGUUCCUCCAGCUUUACGUCGUAAGCUGCUUGAAAAUGACGAUAGUGAAGAGAUGCAAAAAAUCAUUCGUUCUGUCAAGGGUCCGUUUAACAAACUGUCUGAGGCGAACCUUUUGACAGUCGUGAAUGACCUCAGUGCAUUGUAUACCGAAAAUGCGCGCCAAAUCGUCAACGAAGCCAUAAUCAAGGUGGUAUUCCAAUCGGUGCUGGUUUCGACACCGAUGCUUGACAGCUUUCUCGUUCUCUAUGCCACAGUUAUCGUUGCGCUCUACCGUUUGCAGGGAGUGGAAUUUGGCGCGUAUGCGAUCCAGACGCUGGUUGAAAAGCUUUGCGAGUAUAUCAAGACAGAAAGUUCCAAUAAGGAAGCGUCGAACUUGAUUGCGCUGAUUGCAUUUUGCUACGAACUGAAUCUGCUUUCUUCCAGAUUAAUGUAUGACGUGAUUGGACAGAAGCUGAUAGAUAGCCCUACAGAAUUCAGGACAGAGCUCUUGCUAAAGGUGAUCAGAUCCUGCGGUUCAAAACUCCGCUCGGAUGAUCCUAGCUCGCUCAAGGAAAUUGUUCUUACUUUGAACAAGAACGUCGGCUCGGAUAUGAGCACCAGGUCCAAAUUUCUGAUUGAAACUGUUUCCAACUUGAAGAACAACAAGCUUAAGCAUCUUGAGAACGAGGCCACCUCGGGGCUAGUGACUAGACUGAAAAAACAGCUGGGAAGAAUCAGGAGUGUCGAUCCUAUCAAAGUGUCCCUGAGUGAUAUAGAAAACAUCAACGAAAAAGGUAAAUGGUGGCUUGUUGGAUCUGCUUGGAAAGGAGAUGAGAAAAAAGUCGAAGAGUCUACAAAGUCUGUGAUCGAUGCGCUGGAUAAGUCUGAGCCAAACUGGCUGGAACUGGCUAAACAACAUAGAAUGAACACGGACAUCAGACGUGCCAUUUUCAUAUCCAUCAUGUCCGCUAGCGAUUACAUGGAUGCAUACGUCAAGUUAGAGAAAUUACGGCUAAAAAAGACCCAACAACGCGAAAUUCCUCGAAUUUUGAUGCAUUGUGCUUCCAUUGAGACCGUUUUCAAUCCGUAUUACGCUUUCGUUGCCAAAAAGCUUUGCGAGGACCACGCCAUGAGAAAGACGUUCCAGUUCAACUUAUGGGAUUUGCUUAAAGAGCUGGAAGGAGAAGAAUACGAAGAAUUGGAAGAAACACCGGACGAAGAUGAAAAACUGAAGAAAACCCUGAACCUGGGAAGACUGUUCGGCACUCUUGUUGGCGAGGGGUCUUUGCCGCUAAACGUUUUACGAACUGUCAAUUUCCUCACAGCUAGCGAAGAUACGAAAUUAUUUGUGGAGAUAUUUAUGAUUAGUUUCUUUGAUAGCGUCGGAAAGCUGUCAGAGCAGAAGAUUUUUGGUGCCGGCGAUAAAAAGCACAAAACAGAAGACAUGCGAUACAAUGACAAGACGAUGGUCGAGCGGAUCAAUAAAUGCAAGGAACAACCAACGUUACUCAGAGGGUUGCAAUAUUUUUUACAACAUAAGGUUAGAGAUAGCACCUUUAUUAAAGGAAAAAAGCAGCGGUCAAGAGUUCAUUGGGGAGUCGACUCCAUGAGCGAUAUCGUUGGAGAAUUGUUUGCCUAG